AUGCCAAAGAUUCCGAGAAAAUCAUUUUUAACUCCAAAAAUCAUAAUCGACAAAUUAACGCAGAAAUUUGAUAAUCUAUGCCCUUCAAAACCAAAUCGUACCUUUAAACCCACACUCAAAUAUGGUUCUUAUGGCGUUUUAUCACAUUCACAAAUUCCAGAUCAUAUAAAUAAGCCCCCUUAUGGAAGACUUUCUAAUACUUCCGAAUUGUAUAAAUAUUAUUCAAGAGAAACUCCCUUUGCUGAAGUUAAGACUGAACAACAAAUUAGUUUAAUGAAAAAGGCAGCUAAGCUAGCAGCAAAAUGUUUAAAGCUUUGCAUAGAGUCAACUAAAAUAGGUGUAACUGGUGAAGAUAUAGAUAGAAUAGGCCAUGAUUUCAUCGUGGAGAAUGGCGCGUAUCCUGCUGGAGUGAAUUUUCACGGGUUUCCAAAAGCUAUUUGCAUUUCUGUUAAUGAGGUUGCUUGUCACGGCAUUCCCAACCUGCGACCUUUUUCUAGUGGCGAUAUUGUCUCUUAUGAUUGUACGGUUUAUCUCAAUGGAGUAUUUGGAGAUUGUGCCGGAACUACUAUCGUUGGUGAUGUUUCGGAUGAGAUUAGAAAGUUAGUUAGAGUGUCAAAGGAAUGUUUAGAUAUCGCAAUCGAAAAUGUUAGACCAGGAAUAGAAUUUUCUAGAUUAGCAAAAGUCGUAACAGCUCAUGCUGAAAAGCAUGGUUUUUCUGUACUAAGAGAAUUUGGAGGUCAUUUUAUAGGUGAAAUGAUGCAUAUGCACCCUAUGAUUGGAUUUUGCUAUCCAAGCUCCACACCUGGAUGCAUGGUACCCGGUCAGACUUUUACGAUAGAACCAAUAUUAUGCCAGGGUAGCAAUUCAAUAUAUACAUGGGAUGAUGGUUGGACAAUUGCUACAGUGGAUAACGGUUUCUGUUCUCAAUUUGAACAUACGGUACUUGUUACAGAUAGUGGUUGUGAUAUUAUAACUAUACCAUAA